AUGGCGAUAAAAAAUUUAACAGGACGUGGAACAGAAACAAAAACGAUCCAAGAACUACUUUGUUUCCCCGCUUUCAUAGGUGGAUUACAACAACAACAACUGAUCUGUCUCGCAACAGUCAACAUUUUCCUCUCCGUCACGUCAUUUCUCGGAAAUUGUUUGAUCCUUGUUGCCCUUCACAGAGUGUCUUUCCUUCAUCCUCCGUCAAAACUCUUAUAUCGUAAUCUGGCAACAACUGAUCUGCUGGUUGGUCUUGUUUCACAGCCUCUCAGUGCUACUUAUUGGAUCUCCUUAGUGUAUGAACACUGGAGUCUUUGUCGAUAUGCAAAUAGCGCAGCCUACAUCACAAGCUAUGCAUUGUGUUCAGUGUCUUUGAUGACUAUGACGGCCAUAAGCUUGGACAGACUUCUCGCCCUGUUGAUAGGGCUCAGAUACAAACAAAUUGUAACUUUGAGACACACAGGUAUCAUUUUAAUUAUAUUCUGGGCUCUAUCCAUCGUCGCUGUUUUAUUGUACGCAGUAGAAUACCGUAUCACUGAAUGGUAUGGUCGUAUAGUUAUACCGUCAUGCCAAGUUAUCUCAAUUCUCUCGUACAUGAAAAUUUUUUGCACUCUCCGUCAAUAUCAUGCACAAAUACUAGAUCACGUUCAACAAGAGCCAAGCCAACCAAAUGCACUUAAUAUCGCGCGAUACAGAAAGGCAGUGUGCAGUGCUUUAUGGGUGCAGUUAGCAUUAGUUGCUUGUUAUUUGCCGUAUGGUGUGGUGGAAAUUGUGAUUAACCACACCAAAGCAUAUUCAUUGCACUUAGUCAUCGUUAGGGGAGUUGCAGUUGUCUUAGUUCAUUUUAACUCCACAUUAAACCCGUUUCUUUACUGCUGGAAGAUUGGUGAAGUA